GCCCAGUCCUUCUACUGCUGGGCAGUUCAUGACCUUCAGGAAUAAAUGGGAGAGAAAAACUCGUCUAACUCCCAGUCCCCUGAGGUCUCUCCGCCGAGGUUCAUGCACAGCCCAUCAAGCAACGAGCCUGGAUAUGAAUCACUUAGGGAAAGUGCGUCUCCUUCUGCUCAUCUGUGUCUCUCUGAACAUCCAAACUGCACGGCCACAGACAACAGAUAUUGCAACGGAACAACCUCCUUUGAAAAGAACACCACAUGAUCCAAUCACUAAGUUCCAGCUUUACAAGGGGCACACAUUUAUUGGUGAGAUGUGUCGUAUUCUCCCUCAGCAGUCAAAGACACUUGAAGCGUGCAACUUCAACACCUCCUCUCCUGUAGUGAUGAUCAUUCAUGGCUGGACGCUUGAUGGGAUGUUAGAAAACUGGAUUUGGAAGAUGGCAGCGGCCCUGAAGAUAAGACAAAGAGAUGUCAAUGUGAUUAUAGUCGAUUGGCUUUUGCUGGCACAUCAGCAUUACCCAGUAGCAGUAAAAAAUACACAGAGAGUUGGCCAGGCGAUCGCAAACUUCUUAGACUGGCUGGAGGAAUUUCAUCAGCUUUCAAAGGGAAAAGUACAUCUGAUCGGAUACAGCUUAGGCGCUCAUGUUUCUGGAUUCGCGGGAAAUUAUAUCAGUGGAUCCACCAAAAUCUCAAGGAUAACAGGUCUCGACCCAGCUGGGCCACUGUUCGAAGGUGUACCUUCAAACCACCGUCUGUCUCCCGAUGAUGCAGAUUUUGUUGACGCGCUUCACACCUUUACACAUGGACACAUGGGGCUGAGUGUCGGAAUCCAGCAGACUGUAGCCCAUUACGAUUUCUACCCCAACGGAGGCACCUUCCAGCCUGGCUGCUACUUCAAACACAUGUACAAACAUAUCGCUGAGUAUGGAAUUCUAGGUAUCACACAGACUGUGAAGUGUGCUCACGAGAGGUCUGUACACUUGUUCAUUGAUUCUCUGCUGAACGAAGACAAGCAAAGUGUUGCAUACUGGUGCAACGACUUGAACACAUUUAAUAAGGGAGUAUGUCUGAGCUGCAGAAAGAAUCGAUGCAACACAUUGGGUUACAAUAUUAAAAAAGUCCGCACUCAAAGGAGUAAGAAAAUGUACCUGAAGACUCGUGCCAACAUGCCUUUUAAAGUUUAUCACUAUCAAUUCAAGAUUCGCUUCAUCAACCAGAUAGAACACAGGAAACUGGAGCCUUCUCUGACCGUUUCCCUCUAUGGAACCAAAGGCGAUAGUGAAAACCUACCAGUCAGAUUGUUUGAAAGCAUCACUCCGAACAAAACCUACACCUUUCUGAUUUAUACCGACAUCAAUAUUGGGGAUUUGAUGAUGCUCAAGUUCAAGUGGGAAAAUUCCGCUGCUUGGACCAACCUUUGGAACACUGUUAAAACGUACUUUCCUUGGAGACAGGGAGAUAUAAACCCAGAGCUUAUUGUGAGAAAAAUACGAGUCAAAGCAGGAGAAACACAACAUAAAGUUACAUUCUGCUCCCUAAACACCGCCAAUAUGAAUCUUCAACCAGCCAUGGAGAAAAUAUUCAUCAAGUGCAAAGGAGACCGAGGCAGCAGGCAAAACAGAAGGUUGAGGAAUGGAACAAAAAUUUAGACUAAAGUGAUUUGAAACAUUUGUGUUUUUUUAAAAAAAAACUACAAAGGGCUGACAAUUUAAUCAAAUUAGACUGAAGAGGUUGGCUAUGCAGUAUUAACCAAAGCUAUAAAUGCUGGAGAAAUAUCUUAAAAAGUUUACCUAAAUGGAUUUAAAAUGUUUUGCACAAUAGUAGUUCACUAUUAUGGAAACAGCUGGCAAGAGAUUCCGAAGAUUAAGAACAAAUGGGUGGUAUCAGUUUGUUGCUUUGUCAAAAGAUGUUCAUUAUAUGUGUGAAAGCACAUUUCACUUUGUAAUAAAUCAAAUAAGAUUAAUUAUUAAAAUAAUGCAAAAUAAGAAUAACUAUUUCCAAAUAAAUAGGAUAAAGUCUAAGAGCACUUCACAUUAGUAGGGACAGUGAUCAGGGGGAGGAGAAAGGUGAGUUUAUGGGAUUUAAAGAUAGAGUAGUGGGACAGAGGGAGUUCCAAAGGAUGGGAGUAUAGUUGCUGAAGGCUCGGCCAUCGAUGAUGAGGCCUAGAGUCCAAAGAUGCACAGCAGAUCAGUUUGUGAGCGAAAGCAUUAUCACAUUUAUACGCUGCUGGCAAUGAGCAGUUAUCAUCAGCAAAUCCGAAUGAACAUGAAGCAAGCAAUAAAAAGUUUGCCCAUUUGAAAUUCUGUUCACAUUGAAUUGUAUCUCCUAAAAUGACAACACAUUAUAUAUUCUGUGGAUCAUCUUUAUCAAAAUAUGAUGCAACAAAGUUUCGAGAGUGACCAACUUGGUUUGUAAUAAUAUCCAAUAAAGAAAACACUGUGAUUCAACAGAA